AUGAAAAUAAAUGAAAGAACUAAAAUCAUAGGUUCAAACACCAUUUUAGUUCCUUACAUGGAUUCUCACGUUCCGAAGUAUCAUAAUUGGAUGAAAUCUGAGGAAUUACAGAGACUUACAGCAUCUGAACCAUUAACACUAGAAGAAGAAUAUAAUAUGCAAAAGUCUUGGAGAGAAGAUGAAGAUAAAUGUACUUUUAUUAUUCUAGACAAAAGUACUUACGAAGCUAAUGAAAAUGAAAUUGAAUCAAUGAUUGGAGACACGAAUAUAUUUUUAUUAGACAAAGAUAACUGCAUCGGAGAAAUAGAGAUCAUGAUAGCUGAAAAAUCUGCAAGAAGCAAGAAAUUUGGUUGGGAAGCAGUAAUACUUAUGAUAUUAUACGGGAUAAAAUACAUUCAUUUAAAAAUAAUAGAGGCAAAAAUAUCUUUUACAAAUGAUAUCAGUGUAAGAAUGUUUAAUAAAUUAGGAUUUGUUGAGAAAUCACGAAGUGAAAUAUUUAAAGAAAUAACUUUAGAAAAAAUUGUGGAUGCAGAAUGGCUGAAUUGGUUGCAAAAUCAAGUGACAUAUGAAUUGCAAAGUUAU